GACACGAGUAAAAAGCUUCCUGCCUGGAACAAGCUAAGAGCACGACUGCAUCCUCUCAUCUAUCAAUCAUUACAUACUCUCAAGUUUGAGAGGCCGACAAAAAUACAAGAAGCAACUUUACCAAUCUCUAUCGCGGGAAACACCAACAUCGCAGAUAACAAUCGGGACAUCAUCGGUGUAGCCCAAACAGGAAGCGGAAAGACGUUAGCAUAUGGGCUACCAAUUCUACAUUGGAUCGCUUCCCAUUCUGUCGAAGAUCGACAAAUGCGUUUACUGAAUGGUGUGCCAGAAGAAGAGAUUGCCAGUAGAUUAGCUGCAUUGAUACUCACGCCAACAAGAGAAUUAGCCCUACAAGUAUCAAAGCAUCUCAGCGCAAUCGUUGAUUCUUCCAGCAGCGAGAAUAAAAGAUGGGCAAGUAUAGCGACAAUUACAGGUGGAAUGAGCGAAGAUAAACAACGCAGAAUGUUACAAGGCCAUCGUGGAAGGGGAGUCGAUAUAAUUGUUGCCACGCCUGGUCGACUUUGGGAAUUGUGUCGUGGUGAUGAUGCUCUGGCAAGGAGGAUUAAAACAACUCGAUUUCUAGUAGUUGAUGAAGCAGAUCGGAUGAUCGAAACUGGUCAUUUUGCAGAAAUGCAACACAUAUUCGCACUGGUACAGAGAAUGGGAGAUGGUCAAGAUGGACAUGACAAUGAUCAGGAGGGAAUUCCAUUAGCACGUAUUCUUGGUGGGGCCCAUGAUAUGCAAACAUUUAUCUUCUCUGCUACCUUAUCAAAAGAAUUGCAACAUAAUCUGAAAAGGGCAAACCGGGUGAAAAGAAAACGCAAGGGGCAAAAUGCAUCUACAGUGGAAGAAUUAUUGGAAGCGAUAGAUUUCAGGGAUGAUGAACCUUUUAUGAUCGAUCAAAGUACAUCAACAAGAAUUGCCAGUAAUGUUAUGGAAGUCAAAGCAGAAUGUUUGACGAAAGAUAAAGAUCUCUUUCUGUAUUAUUUCUUACUUCGUUAUCCCGGAAGGACGUUGGUAUUCGUGAAUGCCAUCGACGGAAUACGACGUUUGCAGCCUUUGCUGGAGAAUUUACAAAUUUCUGUUCAACCUUUACACAGUCAAUUGCAACAAAAACAGCGUUUAAAGAACAUGGAUCGUUUUCGCUCCAACAAGCAACCAUCAAUCGGUGGAAGUGCAGUGUUGUUGGCAACAGAUGUAGCAGCAAGAGGUUUAGACAUUCCUGCUGUAGAUCACGUUGUACACUUUCAAAUUCCGCGUACGGCUGAUACAUACGUUCACAGAAGUGGUAGAACAGCAAGAGGUGGGAAAGAAGGUGUUUCAUUAGCAUUGAUUGAACCGAGCGAAAAACGUGUUUGGCAUGAUUUGUGUAAGAAUUUGCAACGCAAGGAUGAUUUGGCUUCCAUGCCGAUCGAAUAUACCUUUCUUUCAGCUUUGAAAGAGCGGAUCGCAUUGGCAAAACAGAUCGAUCAAGCAACUCACACGCAAAAGAAAGCUUCUCACGAUGAUGCUUGGUUACGCAAAUUGGCGGAAGAAGCAGAGAUGGAUUUGAGUGAAGAGGAGCAAGAUCGUUCACGAGACAAGAAGAAGGAUGAAACCAAAUCCGUUCAUGCUUUACGUUCGCGGUUGACGCAAUUGAUUAAAACACCGUUACGAGCUCGAGGAAUCAGCGCGAAAUAUAUCACGAGUGGCGAUCGUGACUUCGUUGAUAGUCUUUUGGACAAUCGACAACACGGGAGCUUGAUUGGCUUACAGAAGGCCACCUUGCAUGAAGAUAUA